AUGCAAGCCAUGGGUUACGGCCUAUUGGCCAUUCUUACGGUCUUUGUCGCACGACAUGCUGCUCUCCUCCAAAUCUCAUGGUUAAUGCUGUCUAAGAUUAUCCUUACCGGAGUCACGUGUUCGAUCGGCCAUUUGCCGGGACCAUGGUAUACUCGCUUCUCUCACUAUGCUCUGAAGCUCUAUACUCUCACCGGUCGACGCAUGCACUAUGUGCACACACUUCACCACAAAUACGGUCCUGUUGUCCGCAUUUCACCGACCGAAGUUGCAGUCGCAGACCCCGAAGGCUCCGCUGCCAUUCACAAGAUUGGUGCUGGGUUCCUCAAGGGGCCAUGGUAUUCGACACUCAACCCCAAGGUUGAGCCAGGCAUCUUUUCCAUGAUUGACCCGAAGCAGCACGCGGCUCGUCGGAAGCUUUUUGCCCGUGCAUUCACGAGUGCGUCGUUGCGUCAGAAUUGGGAGUCUAUCGUUCGGCAGAAAGUUGAGAGGGCGGUGGAGCGGAUCAAGACGGAUGCUCUCAACGGCAAGGCCGAUGUGCUGAAAUGGUGGACGCUCAUGACCACCGACGUCAUUGCCCACCUGUCUUUCGGCGAGUCCUUUCAGAUGUUGGAGCUGGGCGAGGUACCACCCUUUGAUGGCAUGACUUUGACACGUCCCUUGGAGUCGGUUUUCGUCAUGAGCACGAUUCAAAACGAGCUGCCGCUUCUGUACCAUCUGGCACGCUUCCUCCCAGUCAAAUCCAUUCAAAGCGUGCUUGGCGCUCAAAAGGUUGUGGAUAGUCAUGCUGGCAGAGCAGCGGCGAACCUACGCCAGAAUGGACACUCGGCAAACCUUUUUGGCAACAUGCUCGCCGAGAGCGAGGCGGGAGAGAAGUCAGACUUGACGGAGGACAAAGUUCAAGCUGAGGCGGGAAACUUCAUCAUUGCUGGAUCCGACACGACGUCGGUUUCCUUGACCUAUCUGGUCUGGGCCGUUUUGAAGAGACCUGGUCUCCAGAUUAGAUUGGAGGAAGAGCUGGCGGGUAUCCCUGAUGAUUUUGAUGACGCUAGCCUUGAGAGACUCCCGCUACUCAACGCCGUCAUUGAUGAAACCCUUCGUCUCUAUGGGGCGGCUCCAGGCAAUCUGCCGCGAUCUGUACCUCCGAACGGAGCCACCCUUGGCGGCUACUUCAUACCUGGUGGCACUGUUGUCGAAACGCAGGCAUACACUCUUCACCGACAUCCAGAUGUUUACCACGAUCCCCUACGGUUUGACGAGACUCGCUUCUUGAACCAGGAUUCGCUCUCGAAGCAGCAGAAGCAACUGUUUUCGCCUUUUGGAGCGGGCACCCGCAUUUGUAUUGGGCUGCAUCUUGCACGGAUGGAACUUCGUCUUGCUACAGCUACUUUCUUCAGAAAGUGCCGUGGUGUAAAACUUGCGGAUAACAUGACGGACGAUAUGAUGGAGAUGCAGAACUUCUUCUUGAUCAGCCCGGCCGGACACCACUGCGAUGUGACAUUGAGAUCGUAG